AUGGGGUCAUUCGUCUUGGACUUUUCGGCAUAUAACGCCCUCCUCUCCAGCAGCGGCCAUAAUGGCUCUUACUAUGGUGCUGACGACGCCUUUUUCGGCGGUGGUGACCCUGGAAUGGCUAACAACGCAGCCGGCCGGCGUCACCUCCACCAACAGCACCACAGUCAGCAGCACGGCCAGCACCAUAACAACAACAGCCGCUAUGCUGUCUUUGACCGCAACUCCGUGACCCGGCUCGAUGCCGAAAAGGCCCUUCAAGAUCGGCGCAACCUGCACAUUGCCAACUUUGGCGCGACAUGGCUCAAGCCGCCUGGUGUGCCGAAGACGCUAUUUCAGAUCCGUGAAGAGCUGCGUGAGCAGGAGGAGCAGGCCGAGACCGAGCGUCGGGAGGAGCUGGCCCAGCAGUUGGCCCAGGCCGAGGCAGAAGCAGCUCUGGAGGCAGAGGGUGGCAUCGGGAUGGACGAGAUGGCCGUGGGUGGCGAUGGCAUCGGCGGGGACGACGAGGGAAUGGGGGUGGACCUGGAUGCCGACAUGGGAGAGCAGGAUCUUGACGGCGAGAUUCCCGAUGGCGACGGGGAGGGAUUCAGUUUUGGGGAUGAUGCAGAAGACGGUGAUGAUCCAUUUGCGAACGAGUCCGGCAGACAACAGGCGGGCAUACCCGUUACACCGGUGCAGAACCUGCCGCCACGUACGCACGAGGAAGAUUUCCGAGCGCGAGCGGCAGAGCGGCGCGAGAUGCGCCAGAUGCGUGCCAACGAGGAUCGCGUUCGAGCCAUGCUAGCCCAGCCGCGGCUGUCGGCCAUUGGAGGGCUGUACGAUGAGGUUGGCGAUCUGGACGAGGAGGACGAGGCGCAGAUGCUGCAAGAAGACGACCUGGCAGGGAGCAGGGUCCGCAGCAGCCUGGGCGAGUUUGACAACGAGCAAGAGAUCGUGGACACCGAUGGAGGUGGUGUUGGUAGGGAUGGUGGUGUUGUUGGAGGUGGAGGUGGUCCUGCUAGCGAUGGCGGCGAUGAUGACGACGGGCUGGAGAUGGACAUGGAUGCCGACAUGGACGAUGGGAUCCCCGAUGCAUCCAUGCUCAGCAUUUUGGACGGCAGCUAUGAGCACACCGACACGGAUGCUGAGCUGAGCAGCAUCGACGGUGACGACGGCAGCAGCAGCGCCAGCGACCGUCAUGUCGACCACACCCAAGACGAUCGCGACGAUGGCGAUCUGCCGCGUCGCCUGGGCCGAGGGGCCACUAUCAGCACGCCAGCCGGCACCACUGCUGCCGAUACAGCGCAUCGUCGGUAUCGCAGCAGUCUCGUACGCAGCGACCGCGACAGCCUGGACAUCAGCGGACUCCUGUCGCAGGACGGCAGCAGCAGGAUGGACAGCAGUCCGGCCAUACGGCGGCUCUGA